AUGAGGAUAUUCUCGCUCAUUCUACUCAGUCUCUUCACCCCUGGGUCCUUCGGUACGACAUGCUCGCAGACUGAAUCCCUCUUCUCAUUGGCGAAAACCGACCUUGUCUUCAACUGGUCGUCUGAGUUGGUAGUCUUCAACAACAAUGUACAUAUCAACAGUACCUAUGCCCAUGGCUUCGAUGUAAAGUAUAAUAUUUCAUGUGUUUCCAGCAAUGUCAAUUUUUUCGAUUCGUUCGCCACUUUGCCAGAAGUGAACGGCAAUGGCGAUUUGCAAUUCAAACUUUCACGGGGAAGAAUAGGAGGGAACUUUCAAUUCAUCAUUUCGGCUUCGAUAGUCUCAGAUUUGUCUGCGUGCGUAACUCAAGAAAGGUCAUUGAACGUUACCUUUUUCACUGCUUUAGUGGAUGCCCAGUUCAAUGUUUCUUGCGUUCCCAACUCCACAACGUGCGCGCUCUCCGACUUCCCGAACAUCUUUGCUUCUCAAUUCCCUGAGUACAUGAUGAACGCAGAUAUCCGUCAAUUGGACACAGGGUUGUUUUCGUUGAGACAGUGGUAUUUCACCGGCCUUGAUGCCCUGGCAGGUUCCGAGAGAUUCAACUCCACAAUGGACGUGGGAGAAACGUUGAUAUCCCAAACGAUCUCAAGUCAUGCACUCUUCUACGACGAAUCACUUCAGAACAGGAUUGUGUUCAUUCCCCCACUUGAAGUCAACUCGGAGCAGAGUCCCGUUGAGAGCAUACCCAUCGUUGUCGAAAUUCUAUGUAAAUAUUUGCCUGUGAAUGCGAGUGGAAAGCCGGACUUCCUUUAUCCUGUUGAGAGCAGUGAAAUCUUCCAAUACCGGCAAUAUGAAAUCGACGGGAAGUUCAAAAGUUGGAUUCCAGAUACGAACCCUCCCGAGUCUCUCGUCCAGAGGUACAACAAUGAAUCUUGGCUGGAUGACCGGUACAAGCUUCGGUUUGUGAUCCCUGCGAAUGCCUCUGGAGAAGUGAUGAUCAAGAUAAAGAUCAAAGUAAUCGACGUGGUGGUUGAUGGCGAUUUCCUGGUAAAGAUCCUACCAAUUCUCGAACCACCGGAAUUUGUACUGUUUCCGGACCCUCUGCACAUAGAUCGAAACAGCGAGCCAGUCUGGAUCAAAGUGAAUGUGAGCAGCCGCGGGGGGUGGCUGGGAACGACUUUGUUGCCCUUGUUGCAGCCGGAAAUCAAGCUGAAAGAUGAUCUGGUUCUAAGUGCAGUGAGCUACGAGGCUUGCGAAGAGGGUGACCCCUGUUUUCAGCUUGCCUUCUAUCCAGACAGAUAUGGAGAUGAAGAAAUCACGGUGACCUUGCGCAAUGUUGGCUUGAACUUCACCAUCUUUGGGCAAGACAGCUCAAGUGUGAAUAUGACGAUUCAUGUGCGCUUCAAGAACAUCGCCCCGAUGUUUCAGCUAGAGUCGGAAAUCUUGGUGUUGACCGAAGAUUCCUCGUGCACUGAUGGUUCAAUUUCGAGCGACUUCAAGCCUAUCAAUUGCAAGAACACAGUCGAUGACUUGCGAUUUGAGUUUCUCAACUUCGCCUACGAAAUCACGAUGGGUCUAUACGAUGACAAAGGCCUUGGUUGCCCUCCGAACGAUCCCUGGAAAUACUUACUAUGUAACAACCAGACUGGCACGUUCAAUGUGAACUCCUCGGAAAGUUUGGAUCUGCUCUUUGAAGAGCCACCAACAAUAACUCCUGACGGAAACUUUAGUUUCAAAUUGGCGAGCAAUCAAUCUGGUGAGGUCAAGUUGAAUAUCUCAUUGACCGAUGAUGAUCCUGUCAUGCCAUUGACCUAUACAAGAAUUCUGAGUAUCAUUGUCCUUCCCAUCAACGAUCCUCCUCAAUUUGAGCUGCAGCCCCUGUUGACAACACAAGAAAAUGCUUCGUUUCAGACAAUCCCAUCAUUCAUCACCAACAUCACAGCAGGUUGCUUGGCAUGUAUAGACGAGACAUCUCAGCUCGUUUCGUUCGAAGUGAGAUACGACGUUGAUCAGUCUUUCUUCGUUGACGGGAAGCAGCCAACUAUCCUCGUCGAGCCUCAUUCCCAGACUGCCACUCUCACUUUCGAAGUGCAAAAGAGCGUGUUCGGUCUCGUGCAUCUAUCAGUAAGAGCCAUUGACAGUGGCAACACGCUCCGAGGAGGUUCUGAUACUUCCCAGUGGCAUAGUUCGACCCUGGAAGUCUUGCAAGUGAAUUUCCCUCCAUCAUUCUCGAUCAUCGAGGAAUCUGUCUUUGCUCGUGAGAACGUAGGAGUUGUGUCUUCCAGGAGAAUCAUAUCUUCUAUCAGUGCUGGAGCUCCCAAUGAAAAUUGUAAGCUUCAAGAGAGCUCUUACUGCAAGCAGCAGAACUUGACAUUCAAGAUCAUGUACAUCGACAGGAGUGAUCUGUUCUUCCGUCUUCCCGUGAUCGACGUGAACGGCAAUAUGACAUUCGCGGUGGCUCCUUCCGUCCAGGGAGUGUCGAGAGUCUUCUUCAAGCUUGUCGAUGAUGGGAAAAUAAAUCCUGUGGAUGCAGCGAUCGGCAACCAGACAAGCAUACAGGUGGUGUCAAUCAUCGUGCUCCCAGUAGAGCACAGGCCUGACUUCUCCCUAUCUCAACGCGUUUCCUGCAAGAACCUGUCGAGCUCGAUGCACGUGGCCUGCUUCUGUCCCAAGGUCAUCGCAGGAACCAACUGUUCGGAGCUGUUGGCCACCAACAAGUUUUCGGUGGAAUCGGAUGCUGAUGUAUCAGUGGUGAACAACUUUGUCGAGCGAGUGUCGAACGCCAGAGGUUUCAUUCCUGCCUCUCAGACCUCCUUCCUCGUCAACGCGACGUCUGGCAACCUCGAGCUGCUGAACUAUUCCACCGACCCGUUCCUUUCACAAGCGGGGUUAGAGUAUGUGACCAAGUACGCUUUUCUCAAGGACAUGUCCUACAUGUUUGCGAUCGAGCCUGAUGCAGACUCGCUCACUAUCUUCAAGAAUGACAACGGAGUUCUGAAUGUCUUCGACCGCAAGGUGGAUCAGUUCCAUACCUUAACUUUCAGAGGUUUCAGCCCCACAGAGAAGUUUGACCGGACUCCACUGCAUUUUGCAACGCAAGAUGUCUUCACUGCAAACUUUUUCCACGAAGCCAACAACACGUACCUGGCUGCAAGUGGCGGAGGAGAACUGACAAGAAAUCUGGUUGAUUGGGCAGCUUUAGAUAUGCCUGAGCAGGAGUUCAAGCAACGGUAUCAAGACUUCUUGUAUCCCCAGGAUCUAUGGAGCAAGACUUCAGCAUGCUGGGUGAUGGAUAUAGACAGUGUCUUCAGCGCAGCAGGCGUGAGUGAGAGCGAGUUGCAUGACAGAUUCAACGUGGAUGCUUCUUCCUUCUAUGCACAAGUCCAGCGGUCAACCGACCUUUCGUAUGAGAGGAUUACAAACUUCUCCUGCUCGGACCUGAAUGGUUGCAGCAUGUCUAGGGACAAGCUGGCAAUCGACUACGAGCAUUGCCCUGCAUUCGCUCAAGCUGUUGUGUCUGGCUGUCCACUUUGUACCGAGCAGUAUCCUUCCAACGUCAAGUUCGCCACUUUGCGCGACCUCACCGGUAAGACUGGCCCCCUGGUGCUCCCGGGCCCUCUCUGCAAGAGAAGGGACGUCUGCACGUACCCCAUCUGCAACAGCAGGUACAGGUGGUGGGACAAGGUAGUUGCCAUGGACUGGGACGCCGAGUCUGAUCAGGUCGACUUGCGAACUUUCGUAGCGAGCAACCGCAGGCUCUCGGUGAUGCAAUUCGACGACAACCUGAACACUGGCCUCUUCCUUACCUACGACAUGAAUACUGUGAUCCAGAAAAUGCCGAAGGCAGAGUUCAGCGUUGAAACCUGGUUCACUAUCGAGGCCACUCCCGACGCUGACCUUGACUUCCAGCAGCCAAGGUUCCGUUACCUCGUCGGGGUAGAGCAAUCCACUACCGAGUGUGCCCAAGGCUGGUCACUCUCCUACUCUCACACCCAAUCUCAGACAAGCUUCCGUUUCUUCGUGGGGACAGCUUGUGCUGAUGUGUUGGCCAAGACAGCCAGCGCUGACGCCAGUCUCCUCGUCCAGCUGCCAACGAUCGCCAACGGCCGAUGGGUCCACAUCAUCGGGACUUACAAUGGCACCCACAUGCUCCUGCUCUACAACGGGGUCCAGUACUCCAAGACACUCAAAAACGUCACCUGUGGGCCCAUUCUUUACCCCGGACUGACCAGCUACGACCAGCUGAACUUGAGGUGCAACAGGAACCCUUACAACUUCUCAGUGGGCGCGGGCAAGAAUGGAGGAUGGAACUUUGACGGCAACUUCAAGAAUCCAGGGCCUGGCAGUGCGCACCAGGGAAUGUUGCACAUGGUCAGGAUCUACAACGAUCCCCUGACCAAGGAGGAAGCUAUCCUUCAGUACCUGAGGAAGAAGCCGAAGAUGGACGAGAACACUAUCGACCAGUCCACCGUCUCUUUCUCCUCCAUCGCAGUCGGGGACGUUCUCGUCCCUAACGUUGACUUCGCUCUAGCUCACAACCCCUCUGACAUCCUCCUGCAAGGAAACUUUGACGCGAAGUUAUCCUACUCCUGCCGUUGGGAGGUCUCCCUCCUGAAUAUCACUGAGUCCUCCCCAGCUACCAUUACCAACGGCUCAACGGGCUACCAGCGGCUCUCCUGCACCAGCCCCGACUGGACCCACGGGGUUCGGGUUGCCGAUUUCUAUAUCAGCCUCGACCAAAAGACCUCCAGCGAAACCAACAGCACCCUCGGCAGCACCACCAUCAGCACUCCGUUGUGGCAGAGAGUGUGCCUGGACCCCAAGUGCGGCUUCAUCUACGAGAGGAUCAAGAGAAACACCUCUUGGAUCUUCGGUUCGCCGUUCCUUCAGGACGGAGCAACCCGGUGGCUGCUGACAAGCAAGGUCACCUCUGUCCCUCUCUUCUUCCACUUCUCGACACCCAGCUUCCUCUUCAAGGUCUCCUCUGCCUUCCUCCAGGUCACCAGCCAUGGCGUCGGUUACGUUGACGGCAAGUACCGAACGGAGCAGCAGGAGGCGAGCUCUGCGCUCUCCUUCUUCGGCGAGUGUCUCAACGGACUAGAUGCGGCUCUUCGUAGCCCGAGAUGCAGCAGGAACCCCCUUGGAGUCGUCCUGGACGUGGGCUGGGGAGAUGAGACCGCAAGCAUCUCUCUUUACUACCCUGAUGGCUCCACCCCGAUGGAGGACACAGUCACGGGCAUCACGAUCCUGUCCCCUGGUUCGAGUUACGUAGCAGGAAGCUGGAAGACUUUGACCGGAUGUCAAACUCCUGCCAAUGGGACGUUUGACGUCAACCCUUCCACCGGCGGCGUCGUCUCUUUCACAAUCAACGUGCACGGCGUCGGUUGCAGCCUCGGGCUGGUCACGGCGAACCUCCAGCUCCUGUACUCAGACACAUCGAGUCCGCAAGCCGCCUCUGUGACUUUCGUCUCCUUUGUGCUCAACAGCAGCGAGAUCAUGACGGAAGGGGUCGUGGAAGAGCCUGUCAUCGUCAUCGACCACCAUGGCGGCUCGGGCUUCGCUGCCAAUUGCUCCUACAACUCCACCGGGCAUGUCACUGGGGUCGUGAUCGACAACCAUGGCAGCGGCUACAGCGCCCUCUCUCCUCCCUCCCUGCGAUGUUUCGGAGCAGUUUUGACCGCCCACGUGCCCAGCGGCGUCAACCUGACAGCCCAGGUGGCCCACGGGUUCCAGUACGAGCUGGUGCAGGGCAGAAGCCUGGUGAACAUGCGCGAACUUCGCUUCGGUCAGGAUCACGGCAAGUGGAGGAAGGGCAGUUGGCCGUACUGGAGCAGUUCCUCUUCCAUCUACCCCAUGAAGGCUGACAAUGCUACUUACCUGAUCGUCAGCAGCAACUUCGACGGGCUCAUCGCCAGCCACCUCCUCCCAAGCAGUGAGGGGAGGAGAGUCAACGACCCCGAGCAUUCCUUCCUCCUCUUCCUCGAUGACUCCUCGGGGUUCCCCCUCGUCAACUGUGUGCAGGAGAUUGAGACCUCGGGCGCUAUCGCAUGGCGAUCGUUCAGCAUGUUCGACGCCUCGUUCCUCGUCGCUCUCAACUUCUACCAGCUCGACUCCAACGGCUCCCUUCACACUGACUCCUUCUCCGACGUCUUCCUCUUCCUCCCCAGCAACGACACAGCUCAGCUGCAGAGCCCGAGGGGAGACUGCUCCUACCUCUCUCCUCAUGGCUCGAGCCCCGUCCGCGUGCAGAGCCACACCAAGUUUCGAACCCAAGGGGCAGCAGACGCGAGGCUCUUUACCAUGUACAACAACCAGAGACGACGGAGGAUGCCAUACAUGGUCGUUGCAAACUAUUUCGACACGUCCACUACUUCCCCGCCACCGUCGAAGCUUUACCGUUUAGGAAGGUGUGAUGUAAGCUGCGUUGUUGAGUUUCAAGGUCAAGCAUACUCCAAGACCUGUCUCUGCAGCAAUAACAUCAGCAACAUGUGCACAACAGACAGCGAAUGUAACGUUGACGUGGAGUGCAAACCUCACAGCUGGGAAGUUGAGGCGGAGAAUCAUCAGUGGUGCUUGCAAGGAAAUCAAGUUCUUCUCGGAGAACAGCCUGAAGGGAACAUGAUGUUGUGCUCCGAACUGUUUCAGAGCUUACAAGAGAUCAGCACUCGUCGCGUCACCUUCCUUCGCUCCUUCUACUCAACCAGCCUGCAAAGUUCUUUCCUAACUGUGGUGGAAGAGGAGGGAAGCAGAAACUUUGGGUGGAAUGGGACGAAACUGGUCGAGCAGCAGAGAUUGGCAAAUCUCGGAGGGACGUGCAGUGACUACGUGGAGACUGGUCAAGGAGGGAUGGGCGUGUUGGUCGGCGGACAGACUAAGUUAGACAACCGUCUCUUACUCUUCAGCGUUUACACAGAGAAGCUUUACGGCCUCGUACAGCCCAACGCGAUCUCACUCAGCCCGGACGAACGAUUCCUGUACGUCCUUUCUUCCUUCUCUCGCUCCAUGUUUUGUUUCGACCGGAACCUGUCAAACGGCGAGAUCGACGUGUCCUUCACCCUUAACUGCCAAGACUGCCCGCUCCCCUACAACUCUUCCUUCUCCCCCCUGUGGAUCUCCGAAGAGGAUCGAUGGGGAGAUGUUGCAGACUUCGUCAUCAGCAGCGACGGGCUGUUCCUCUACUCCAUCAAGACCUAUCGGGCCUGCAUCGAGAUAUGGAGUCGAGAUAUAGCCUCCGGAUCCCUCAUCUUCCUCCAAUCCUCUUGUGUGAGUCAGGAGAUGCAAGAGCUCCUCUCCUCCCCUGCCGCCAUCGCCCUCUCUUCUUCCGGCAGUCGCCUCUUCGUCGGCUUCUCCUCCUCCCAGUCUCUCGCAGGGACAAAGUUCCUAGGGCUCGACCUGCUGGCUCUUUCCUUCUGCUCGUUCUACGACCCGAGCAGUCAAGAUCGCGUCGUGAUCCUUGCAUGGAAUGACUUGUCAUCGCGGUUUGACGUGAAGUAUGAUGCCAAGGUAGACAGUGGAGUGAUGGAGAUGGAGUUCUUUCAGGUCGAAGUCGUCGACGGCCAGCCCUCCUUGUUCCUUGCAGUGAUGAAGCAGAACGGAGAGGUUGAGGUUGAAAUGUGGGACGGGAAGAAGGAAAGUCUUGUGUUAGCUCAGAGGCUGCAGUCUACACCUCUGCCAUACGAUGCCGAAGCCUGUCAUUGUAUUUGCGAUGACCCACUUGGAGUCAAUGGCCCGUGCGUCAGCCUCGGCGGCGUCAAGAGUUCUCAGAGUGCGGCAAACAGCUCCAAAACUUGUCAAAGUCAACCCCUCACGAUGCCUACUGAUCGCCUCGUUCUUCUCUUCUUCAUCUGCGCUCAGAAGCUGUUCAAGGUUGAAACGAUGUCCUACACCCUCAUCUACCGACUCAACGUCGACUUAGUCGACCCAGCAUUUGCAAACGGCCUCAACUUUGAGCUGUUUUACAUUCUCCCAACCUCCGGUUCUGUUAUGAUCGAUCACGUCAGGAUAGUCGAGAAUGGAAACGUGUUUGACCUGAUGAGCGUUGCCAACAUGGACGAGGACUCGUCGUCCGAAAUCCUCUCGUUCAUCCCGUACGCCUACAACCAUCACCUUGAGUACAAUGCAGGCACCUUCACUCUCUUUCAGACUCUCUCGCAUACAGGUCUCACGUCACUCGCUUUCUUCGAGAUCGCUGGCGCGGGUCAGUUCCUGUCGACGUCCACCCAGCAGAACACGACGAGCCUGCUGGCGUCUGUGCAAGGGACGGACAGUUUGAACAUCACAUCGUCGUGGAUUAUGAAGUGGAAUGGAUCUCAGUUCGAAGACUAUCAGGAGUUUCAUCUCAACUACAACCUUUCUUCUCUCUCUCUCUCCUCCAACGUCACUUGCAACAUCUCGGAUGGUCAGAGCUGCAGCCAGGCAUCUUCUGCCAACCCGUUCAACUCGGACUUUGUGGGGGCGAUCAAUGCGCAAUAUUUCUUGGACCUCGACAUGGAGUCUUACCUCAUCGUCUCAGCUUCACUUUGCCAUCCCUUCCUCAACAAUGGCAUGUGCAAUGGGUCAUCGCCAUCGUCCAAGUUCCUCCAGUGGAACAGGGUGACGAUGAAGUUCGAAGAUGUCUUCGACGUCACAGACAACCUCAACGAGAUUUACUACGGGCGACCGAUCCCUCUCAGUCACUUUGACCACCUCCGCCAUGUUGCCUUGAAGGUCAACACAGGAAGGCUGAUGUCAUGGACCUUGUUUCCGACCGACAACGUUCUCUGGCUCAUUGCAAACAACCUUGAUCGACCAGCUCUCUUGUUUCCUUUCAACUUCACCGUCUUCGACGGUUUCUCCGCAGUCUCGUCCCUUGCAGCCGACCAUGAUGGACGGAGGCUGGUCUCCACUUCUCAGAGGGAGGCAGCGCUGGUAGUGUUGCGCGUUGACCCUCGUUACGACCACGAAGGAAACCUCUUCUCCAUGUUCGCCCUCCAGCAGAAGAUUGCAGACGAAGAUCCGGGCCCCUACUACGACGGGCGCACUCGUUACGGUCUGCGAAGGGUCAACACGAUCUCUAUGGAGAAGCGGGAGUGUCCUUACAACUCUUCCCUCUCCUGCGAGCUGGUGCUGGUUCGAGGGACUGUCCCUCGCAACGAGCUUCCCUGCGGCGUUUCCCCUCCUAUUCGCGCUUGUCCUCCCGGCAUCUCCUACCUCUGUCAGAGCUUCCUCGACCCCCUCAGCCCUCCCCCCGUAUGCAAGGAUUACAACUUCGCGGUCAACGUCCUCGGCGGCGACCCCGUCGGUUUCUCGUCUCCUCCCCUCGUCUACAGCUCGUUCGGGCUGCUCCUCGGCUCUCUCAACUUUUCCCUCCUCCCUGCUCGGGCAGGAUCGGCUCAGCUUCUCCUUACCAUGCUCAAGCCGCUGCCUCCCCCCGUCUUCCUCAACGGCGCUGAGAACCUUCCCCAGCUUCUCAACUGGACCAGGAAAGAAGAGGAGUUCUAUGUGCAAGUGAUCAGGACGCCAAGGGUGCCAACCAUGAUGGUCAGCAACGUCGAGAUGGCUGCGGAUGAUGGCAGUCAACAAUCAGUCACUUUCGCUCAAGAAAUUCUGCUUGACGAGCAAGAAUACCUGAACCUGUCAUGGAUCUGGAGUGCAAGAAACUGCUCCCUUCUCUCGACUGCCAACAACACCUUACUUAGCGCGGCACUGAACAGGACGGUUGAGGCUGACAGCUGUUUGACAUCUCCGAAAUUCGAGUUCUCCGGGAGCUCUGGAGUUCUGACCUGUAGCCCUUUCUCGUUCUCUACAAGGAAGGUUUGUUUCAGUGUCGCCAUCGUGCAGACUGUUUCAUGGAACCCCAUCGUCGGCUCUCAGUUGAGGUCGUACCAGAUGGAAUUCAACCUCACUCUCCUCCCUCUCAACCUCCCACCUCUCUUCUCCCCGCGCCCAUCCUCCUUCGAUCUCUGCGAGGACAGCGGUUUCCAGACCUUCAACGGGUUUGUGGGAGGAUGCACAGUAGAGCUUUCCCUGUGCUCCUUGAACUCUUCGUUGACUCCUCAUCCGACUCCGUUGCCGGGGUCGUCGUCAAACUAUCCCGACGGUCUUUUCAACGAGCCCCAGCAGCAAGUUUCGUUUGUGUUGCAGCAUGUCAACCAGCAGGCGGAUAGCCCGUGGAGUAGCCUGGGCCUGGCGGUCUUCGAGCACUUUUCCGUCAACAGCACUGGGACGCUGGUGGGUUCUAUUGGCAACAACUACAACGGAGAUUUCAGCGCAUCGCUGAUCGUGUACGACGAUGGCCAGGGAACGAGGGGAGGGUCAAACUCGACGAAGCUGACGCUCAUGUUCCGCGUGCUGCCCGUUAACGAUCACGCCAGCAUCAUGCUGGGUCACGUGACCUGUCUCUUCUCAUCGUCGAUGGCUGGACAAGUCAGGAGGACAGUCAGCGACUUCUGGCUGACCAGCCUGUACAAGAACUUCAUCUUCAACGAGUCAAACUGCUCCGUGCGUUACAACCUCUAUGGCAGCUACGUGGACGAGACUGUAGCUCUGCCGGGGGCGAUUUCGAUCCUGCAGCCGCUGGACGAAUCCUUGCAGCAUGUCAACGUGUCGGUGAGGGUCCUUAGCGGCGGAACUCUCUUCUCUCUUCCUCCUUCUAUCGAUCGCAAUCUCACUCUCCACCUUCCUCUUGCUGGCAAGAUGAUUGGAGAAGCUGUGUUGAUGAUCUCUGUUGUGGAUUCGAUGCCGUCCUGUCGAUCGACAGUCGAUGGGCUACAAGUGGGGCAGGAUGUUCUCAAGACGGAGAUCGUUGCCCAUGUCAAUGUUGACUCUUUCCAGCAAGUUCCCAACUACACGAUGGUUUCGUACAUCGAGUUCACAGAUCAACCAGGACUGCACUCUUAUCCAAACUUCGUCACCUUCGACAACUUCCACCUCGAUGUCAACUCCUCCUUCCGUUUCUUCUCCUUCUCCGUCGACUGCGUCUCCACGGCUGAAGGAAUGUUCCUCGUUACUCCAUACAUCGAUUCACACGGCACCUUGCUCUACUCUCCCUCCCCUGGUUUCGGAGGGAAGGGUCAGUGCAGAGUUCAGAUCAGCCUGCCUGCCUUCCAGAUCACUGCUUCCUCCUUCAAGACCUUCUCCUUCCUCCUGGUCCCCCGGCCGUACCUUCAGCAAGUCUCUCCGCUCCUCGCUCGCAUGCUCCAGGAGACCUCUAUCACCAUCGUCGGAAACAACUUCGAGGCCCCAGCUCGCUCCCAGCUACCCUCAAACUUCUCCAUCUCCGUCCUCGUUUCUGAGACCGUCGGAGUCGACGAGCUCUGGAGCAGCUGCCUGGACAUCGUGGUGGUGAGCAAGGAGAGGAUAACGUGCAGAAUCCCAGCUGGACGGGGAGCGAGAUCGAUCCGCGUGAGGGUACAGGACGUGCUUCCUCUGGAGGACACGCUCUAUGAGGCCCUCGUCUCCUACGAGACCAUCUAUGGAGGAACAGCCGUCGAUCAACACUGCCAGGCGUUUGGAGCUCCCUGGCCCCACCAGCAAGCGUACGAUGAGUUCUGUGGCAUGAGGGGGUUGCUGGCCGUCAGUCCAGCAGCCUUGCAGCAGCCGUCGAGUUUGUGGCUGUCGGGGAUGAACAUCAGUGGUACGGUGAGGGCGAUCGCAACGUGGAACGACUUGCUAGUGGCUGCUGGGAGUUUCUCCGUUGUGCAGAACGUGGAGGCCAGGAGCGUCUUUCUGUUCAGCUUCAGCUCUCGAGCAGUCGAGACUCUCGACCUCGGACUCGACGGUUCCGUCAGUACUAUCACCCUCUCCUCCUCGCGUGCUGGGCUCCUGGCGGUCGGAGGAAGCUUCUCCUCUGUCUUUGCGAGCUUUGGAAGGAUCAAGAGCGGAGGGUUCGCCUUGUAUGACCUUGUGAACAGAUCGUGGAUUUACGACACCGAGAUCAACGUCGACGGGGUCGUUUCUGCCAUCCUCGACGUCAACGGAGAAUUCUUCGUUGCCGGCAGUUUCACACGAGCAGGAACCCAGAGCGCACGGAACAUCGCCAAGCUCACCGGAGGAGGAGGAGGAGGAGGAGGAGGAGGAGGAUCAAACUUCGUCUGGAGCUCUCUCGGUGCUGGGAUACAGGGAGAAGUCUUGUCACUUGCCAGCGAUCUUGAGGGUCGUGUUUUUGUUGGGGGAAGGUUCACAAAGGCAGGGCAGGAGGAGGUGCUCAACAUCGCCAGAUGGGAUGGAGGAGGAGGAGGAGGAGGCUGGACUCCUCUACUCGAUCCUCUGUGCCUCCGCAAGAGCCCCGGGGUCUGCGGACUCAACGGAGACGUUCUUGCGCUUGCUGUGGUGGGGGAGAUGCUGUUUGCAGGAGGAAGCUUCAACAUAGCGGGAGGGGCAGUGGUAGAGAACAUCGCCAUGUUCACUGCGGGGAAGUGGAGCAGCGUAGGAGGAGGAGUCAACGGCCCGGUCUACGGCCUCCGCUCGUUUUCUGUGCCCGGCACAACGUCAGGAUUCUGCGUGAAGGUGGCUGGGAGUUUCUCAGAAGCAGCAGACGAGCGAGGAAAGAUGCAGGUUGACGGCCUUGCCAAGUGGUGUGGAGGAGACCCGAGUCUGUUUGUUGAGUGGAGCGGAGGAGGAGGAGGAGGAGCAAGCGUCGCCAGGGAGUUCUGGGAGGCGAUCGUGUCGCCCGUGCCGGGGGUAAUCAUCAGUGCGAUCGGCGAGUGA